AUGAAGGUCGCUAUUGUUGCAUUCGCUUUCUUGGCUGUUGCCUUUGCCGCUCAAUCCGACGAGCAGGCUGAAAUCCUCUCCCAACAAUCCGAAGUCAACUUCGAUGGAUCUUACCAACACGCUUAUCAAACCGCUAACGGAAUCUCCGCCCAAGAACAAGGUGUGUUGAAGAACGCCGGAAGCAAGGACGGUGAAGCCGAAGAAGUCCAAGGAUCUUACCAAUACACCGCUCCAGAUGGUACCCCAGUUACCACCACCAGUACCAGCUGCUAUCCUCAGGGCUUUGGAAUACAUCCGUACCCACCCACAAGAACCAGAAAAGAAAUUCUAAAUUAA